AGAAGCCACGUGAGAGCACGUGGUUGGAGAAUACGGUGGGAAUAUACGGAGGUUUACUUUAUAGGUGUGGUGCCAAAGAAAGCAUUCAGUAUGCCUCCCAAAAAAAGGACAAGAAAAGAAGCUGAUUUAGAAGGAGAAUACGAAUCAUACACCAACGAGCAGCUGAGGGAUGCUUUGAAAAAUGCUGGUAAGAACCCUGGACCUAUUGAUGCUGCAAACAGAAAGCUGUACAUUAACAUGUUAAUAAAGACUCAGACAACAACUGAGACAGAUACUACCACGCCAUCUCCGGUCGUCCUUCUAUCAAGUCCAGAGAAAGGUUACAAGAAAUCAAAAAUAGCUUCAGGUUCAUCUUCUCCAUUAAUGCGGACUCCAUUAGUAGCUACUAGAAAGCUACCAUCUCCAAGUUUCUCCUACUCUCCAACACUCACUGCCGAACCCAAACAAAAAGGCUUUGAUGUGACAAAGAUAGAAGGUCUUACAGCUGCUACAUUUACACCAUUUGCCUCUGAUGGUGAAGUAAAUCUUCGUGUAAUACGAGGCUAUGCUGAUUUCUUGUUGAAGCAAGGAGUUCGCUCUGUAUUUGUUAAUGGUACCACUGGAGAGGGAGUGAGUCUAACUGAUGAAGAGAGGAAACUGGUUGCAGAGGAAUGGCUCAAAGUAGCUGGGAAGAGGAUGACUGUUAUUAUUCAUGUUGGAAGUAUGAGUUUAAAGAGCACCUGUGAUCUGGCAAUGCAUGCUGAACAGAAUGGUGCAGCUGCAAUUGGAGCUAUGCCGCCUUCUUACAUCAAGCCUCCAUCUCUUGACUCUCUUGUCCUUUAUCUUCAAAAGGUCGGCGAAGCAGCUCCUAAUACUCCAUUAUUCUAUUAUCAUAUUCCUGUGCUGACUGGCGUCAAGUUCUCAAUGGAGGACCUCCUAAAGGCGGCAGUGACUGAUAUACCAACACUGCGGGGACUCAAGUAUACCGACGAGGACAUGAUGGAGUUUACUCGUUGUCUUGCUUGCGAGAAAGGGUCCUUUCCAAUUAUGUAUGGCAGGGAUGAGCAACUCCUGGCUUCACUAGCAAUGGGUGGUUCAUCAGCAAUAGGUACUACAUAUAAUUACUGUGGUCUACUAAACAACAGACUCCUCAAAUACUUUAAAGAAGGUGAUCUUAAAUCUGCCUUAAGAGAACAAAGAAGAUCUGAUGAUGCCAUUAUGAUUCUAAGAAAAUAUGCAAGCAUUGCUGGAGUUGUUGGAGCUGCUAAAGCUAUACUGAAGGCUAGAGGAUUUGAUGUUGGUCCGCCUCGUCUGCCACUUCUUCCUCUCUCAGUGGAAGACUAUGGCUCACUUGUCACUGAUCUGAAGUCCAUUGGUUUCUUUGACUGGGCAUAAGACUAACAACGUAUUAUAAUUAAUUCCCCUGAAAUUAGAUUUAUUUUACACACCACUGGCUGGUAUCUUUAUUGUUAGAAGUAUUAUUAUUAAUAUCAUUAGGAUACAUUAUAUUGAUUCCUAAAUUAUUAUCAAUAAUUGUUGUGUUUUUAUUGAUGUUUUAUUGUUAUGUUGGAGCUUCUUUUCCAAGCAAUGUUUGUAGAUUCUUA